AUGGCCGACUUUACCCCAGAAAUCGACACCGAGGAGGCCACCAGACGGGCGGCUACCAUUCUGGAACGCCAUUUGCCUGAAGGGUACUCAGCCGAUCCAGAAGUCAGUCUGGGUAUUCAAGAUUCAACGACGUCAUUAUCAGGCUCUGCACCUCGCAACAACGCCUUUCCUCCCCAGACCCAGGGCCACCCCGUGGCUUCCAGCCCUCCUAGUUCCGCAUUGGAUGUGAAGGCAGAGCCAGGCGAGUCUCCAGGAGAGACGUCUGUGUCUCUAGCGAACGGUCAAGACCCCACAUCCUCUUCAUCUACCGGCAACCUCUUGAGCCAGAUCGACGGCACAUUUCGCACCCAAAGCCCCGAUACUCUCGAAUCUUCUCUGAAGCUUCAGGGAGGCGAUAUCCACCGGGACCUGUUUCGAAUCACGGCCCGUGCGAGCUCCAUUCGUCGAGCGAAUACGUUUUCCUACCAACCGUCCCCAAGUCUCCAGGCAGAAGACGACUUGUCAUACCCUGAACAACGUGAGCUUGGAGGAUUUCGACGUCACUACGUACGCAACAAUGCCCGUAAAAGGCACGAGAGCGGCCCGCUUGUCAUCACCAACACCUUCGUCGAUUUCUUAGAUCUCUAUGGUAGCUUCGCUGGCGAGGACCUCGAAGACACCGACACCGAGGAAGACUCUGCGCUCGAUGAGCAGGAGGAACCAGAUGAGAGACGACCGCUGCUGCCGAGACCGAGAGCGAGCAGGCGACAGUCGCACCGAAGGUCCAGAGAAGGUGAUGCGAGCACAUUCAAGACUUUUUUCACGCUACUGAAAGCUUUCAUUGGAACCGGCAUCAUGUUCUUGCCCAAGGCAUUCCUGAACGGAGGCAUUCUCUUCUCGUCUCUCAUACUGAUCUUUGUUUCGCUUAUCAACUGCUUCUGCUUCCGCCUUCUGCUCGACUGCAGGGAGAAGUAUGGAGGCGGUUACGGUGAACUUGGUGCAGCCAUAGUCGGCCCACGAUUUCGCAAGCUCAUCCUUGCAUCGAUUGCCCUCUCCCAGCUAGGCUUUGUCUGCGCCGGUCUGAUAUUCACGGCGGAAAAUCUUUUCUCAUUCUUUGACGCCGUGACGGGCGGCCGCCAGAACGUCGCGUUCGGUGUCCCAGCCCUGAUUGCCUUGCAGCUCAUCCCACUCAUCCCCCUCGCCCUAAUCCGUCACAUUUCCAAGCUGGGCCCCGUCGCACUUAUAGCAGAUGUGUUCAUCUUGGUGGGCCUCGUCUACAUCUGGUACUACGACGUCGCCGCUCUGUCCUCUAGGGGGAUGGCACCUUCGGUCCAUUUGUUCAACUCUCAAAGCUGGACAUUGACCAUUGGCUCUGCCAUCUUCACGUUCGAGGGCAUUGGCCUCAUUUUACCCAUCCAGUCCAGCAUGAAGAAGCCUCAGCACUUUGGGCCCCUCCUGUACUUUGUUAUGUUUCUCAUCACCAUCAUCUUCACAUCUGUCGGCGCUCUCUGCUAUGCGACAUUUGGAAAGGACACCAAGAUCCAGAUCAUUUCCAACUUCCCACAAAACUCACCACUCGUCAACGUCGUCCAGUUCCUAUAUUCCCUAGCUGUGCUUGCGGGCGAGCCAGUGCAGCUCUUCCCAGCCGUGCGAAUCUUGGAAACAUCGCUCUUUGGGGAACGGGCGUCGGGCGCCAAGAGCGCCGCCGUCAAGUGGCAGAAGAACGGCCUGAGGACGCUGGCCAUGGUCGCCUGCGUCGGCGUCAGCAUACUCGGAGCCACGGAUCUGGACAAGUUCGUUUCGUUGAUUGGCAGUUUUGCGUGCGUUCCUCUGGUUUACAUUUAUCCGGCAUACCUGCAUUACAAGGGCGCGGCUACGACGCGGUUGGCUAAGAUUUUGGAUAUUGUGUUAAUGGUUGUUGGCCUGGUCGCCAUGGUUUACACCACAACCAUGGCCAUCUUCCAAUGGAUUGAGAGUUAG